AUAUGCUUGCAAUUAGACUACACUCUUAUGUUUGUUUGGAAAGAAGUAAAACAUAAAUAUAAAGCCGUAACAGCGGCCGCGGUGAUUCAAUAACCAUGUUAAGAGACCUUAUAACGUGGGCCUUGAAUACCUAUCUGGGCAAAUACCUGGAAAACUUGAAUUCGGCGCAAUUAUCUGUUGCACUUCUGUCAGGCGAGGUGGAGCUUGAGAACAUACCGAUACGGAAGGAUGCACUACGAGCGCUCAACUUACCGGUGGAGGUGGCAGGUGGCAGCAUACGCAAAAUCAAGCUGCAAGUACCUGUCCGUCAGUUUCGAACCUCCCCGUGGUGCAUAUCGGUGGAGGGGCUCUUCUGUAUCAUUUGCCCAAAGAAUCUGGAAAGCUGGGACUAUACCAAAGAGAAACUACAGGAUCUGGAAUACAAGUUAGCGGUCUUGGACAAUGCUGAGGCAGGCUGGCGAUCCGAAAAGGGAAUGCAAAUGGAAUCCUAUUACUUUUCCUCCUACAACAACUGGCUGAAAUAUGGAACGAAUAUGGCCACCAAUAUUAUAGACAAUAUUGAGCUGAAGAUAUUUGAUGUCCACUUUCGAUACGAAGACAGUGUUGAUGUGGGAAAAACCAAAAUAGCAACCGGCAUCAAAAUCGCAUCGCUAACCGCCCAGACCUGCGAUUCGAAUUGGACGAGUGGUUCGUACAAAGCGGCCAACAACGAAAUGAAUUACAAGCUAGUGGAGCUGAAGGAGCUAUCCGUAUACUGGGAUAUUCUGCAUGAAGACAUUAGGUGCCAAUCGUUCACCAAUCAGGAUAUACUCAGCAAAUUGCAUUCAACCUGCGAGCUGCGGCCCCACAAUUUUAUCAUUAAGCCAAUAUGCGCCACUGCACGAUGGAAACGGGACAAGUGCCAACAGGUUAUUCGCACAAAAGACAAGCCUAGAGUCUCGUGUGAGAUUAUAGUUCCUGAAGUAAUUAUAGAUAUAUCUAAGGACCAGCGCUUGCAAAUGCUGGACAAACUUACAGGAAUACGUAAAAUUAAGGAAAUCAGACAGUACAGACUAAAGAGGCCGACUUGUAGUGUGGCAGACGAUCCGAAACUAUGGUGGAAAUAUGCCCUAGUUUGUCAUGGCUUUAUAUUCAAAAAGAGAGAAGAAAACUUUGCUAUUCUAAGUGAAAAUCUGCGCUACAUGCUGCUCUACAAACUGAUCAUAGUAAAUCCAAAUGAGAUCCUGUCCGACGCAGACAAAGAAUUUAAAACGUUUAUCGAAAGUGAUCGAAAUGUUUCGGAUUUAAGCAUUUUGCGACGCAUAUGCUUUGACAAAGUCUUUAGCAAAGGUCUCUCGUUUAAGUCGCACAAUGUCAAGGGAAAGAAUAUGUUAUUUCUUUGGUUUCCCAACUGGAUGGGUUGGUACACUGUCAACUCAACGAGCACUGCGAACAAUGAGCAGGAUGAAUCAAUUAAACAUUUGGAAGAUGAUAUUUUAGUGGCCCUGGAGGAUUCGCUGCAAAGUUCCUCCGACUUAAAGUGCGAUGCUGUCUUUGGACACUUUGAGAUUAAGCUACUGAAAGGCCUGCUAAUCGUGCAGUCCGAGGAGGAGACGAAUAAAAAUGCUAAGAGCCGAAAAUCAAUGGAAAUGCAAUUCAAUAAUUUUUCAUCGUUUCUUCAGUUAAGUCCGCUACUGACUUCCUACACUGUGGGCGUAUCACUAGAAGAAGUUUAUUUAUUAGAUAAAACCAGCAGCAAUACCAAACACAAAUACCUAAUUAAGCCACAGACAGAGAACCCCCCGACUGUGAAUAAUACUCUCGAAAAGGAUGUCCUAUUUCAGCUACGAUACGAAAACGCAAAUCAAUUGAGAUUUCAACUGAAUAUUAAAUCAAAGGGUUUGGAUCUCAUAUACAACAAGGAUGCGAUUCACUGGAUUCUGGACUUUAUAACCGAUUCAAGUAAUGAAAAUGCUUCAACAAUAGUCACAAACCGUGUCGGCAAGCGAAGAAAGAACUUUUUGAAAAACUGGAAUCAAUUAUUUAUUGGAAAUGAGAUUAAUCGCAAGACCUGGCUGUUUGAGAUUGAGAUAUUUGCACCACGGAUAAUAUUUCUGGAAAACUACAAAGUUGGCAACUCUCUGAUGGUUCUGUUGGACUUUGGAAAGUUUGAAAUGAGAAAAAUGGAGGCGAAAAAAUGCCUGCCUGUAGUGGUAGUAGAUCCUGCGGCAGAAAAUCAUCAGCAAACUAAUCAGAAUGAUGAUGAUGAUGACGAUGAUGAGGAAACUUAUAUGACGCCAUGCUCUACGCCACCUGCAUCGCAGAAAAGUGGUUCGGAAUCGCCCACAAUCCUUGAGAAUCCGCAACAUUUUCUCAAUAAGAACGUAGAGCUGGAAUAUGUCUUGCACAAUAAGAUCUAUGAUAAAUACUCGAUUAACUUUUCAAAUCUGCAAGUGCUGGUCUGCAAGUACGAGGAAAGAUGGCAGGCUUGCUUAAAAACAUCCUCGAACUUCCACCUAAUUGACAAAUUUGAUAUAACCCUGACGCUGGAGCAACGUAAUAUAUUUACUGUGGAUCCCGACUAUCCGUCGUUCACGUUGUUUGGCUCCUGUCCCACAAUCCUAAUACACGGAAAUGAAGUGCUCAUCAAUAACUUUUUUAGCAUAAUGAAUCCCACGAUCGAUACCCUCAAAGAUGUAAGCAAAGUGUAUAAAGGAGGCAACCAAACGUAUGCCAGCGAGCAAAGGGUCAACAGCGUUGCCAGCAAUGACGACAACAGUCGAGUGGUUGUUGAGUUUGCCAUUGGACAACUGGCCAUAGAGAUGCAGUCCAAAGAAAAGAGCAUAGCAGAGCUGCAGAUAAUCGGCGCAAGAGCGGGUCUGAUCAAGGAAUCAAAUGAAACAAAUAUAACAAUGUCGGUGCAUGGACUACUUUUGGUAGAUGCCAUACAGUCCUUUGGGCCGGACUUUGAGCUGUUAGUGGCCAGUCAUCGACAUGUUGGAAUGGAUAGUUUUUCUGGCAGCCUAAAGCAUAGUCCAAUCGCUUCGCCUAUUACUCCUGGAUCACCAUUACCUUUCUCAUUUACAGAAAAUUCAGUUAACAAUAUUCAAAUGGGUAUGAAAAAAACUGAAAUCUUUAUUUAAAGAACGAAUUUUGAAGAGAAUAUUUUAGUAGAUGAUCCGAUUGCUGCCUUCUGUGACGAUGAGGAGUCUGCCUUAAUUUCUGUAAAAGUGAAAAUUGUUGCGCCCACUGCCAGCAAUUCAACGCAACUUCACUCCACGGACAUAACAUUCAACAAUUUGGAUAUAAUUGCCAAUCAGGAUACCAUUCUUGAGAUUUUAAACUUUGCAAAACGAACAAUUUUAAGUCAAAGUACGAGUAAAUUGCAAAACGAAAGCUGUGGCGUCCAGGAAGAGGCCUCUGCAGAGCCAACUGAAUUGGAUGAGUGCGAUGCCACUCAGCAAAACCAUAACGAAAUAUUCUUUGACUUUUUUCGCCUGAAUAUUUUAUUAUUAUAUAAAAUAAAUCACGAAGGUCGCAAAGUUGGAACACUGACCUUGACGGAAGCCAAAAUAAAUGCUUCAUUUCAGUCGGAACUAACCGUAUUUGGAUCACUGGGAGGCAUACAGAUCAUCGACAUAACACCAGAAGCCUUUUUCCUUCCAAGGAUUCUGUCCGUCGGCCGCGAUCAAAUACUAAGAACUUCGGACCUAAGUAGGCAAACAGUUCUCAACAGACUCUCGCAUGAAAUAUACUCAAACAAUUUGGAUGCUGUGGAUGAGAUUGACGAUGAUGUGAAGUGCGGCGAAAUCGAUGCAUUCAGUUUUAAAAGUCACUGGAGCGAUAAAACCACAUGCAGCGUCCAAAUGCGAAUGGCCUCGGUUUCAUAUACCCAUUGUCCCAGAUUUCUGCAAGAUGUAAAUGCAUGUAUUACGUAUUUCAAACGAAGUUUGCGAGAGUUUGUUACCUCCAUUGGCAAUAAGGCAACAGACAUAGCCAAAGAAUUUGUGCAACAAAUCCGUGCCACGGAUGUCAAUGAUCAAACACGACCAGUUAAUCCCCAGAAGAAUCGGCAUGACAAUCGACUGGAUAUCAUUAUAAACAGUCCGAUUAUUCUAUUGCCAAUAUCGAGCACUAGCACGCACGUUCUAAUUGCAAAUUUGGGCAAGAUGACCUGCUCCAAUAUGAUUAUAAAUGACUCGAACGAGUUCGAUGAAUCCUACACCAUAGAGAUCAAAAACAUAUAUGUCUAUUCGAUGACUAUUGACGAGCGUGAAAACUGUUUCAAUGUGCAUCCCUCAAAGAAUAAGGACGCCAUUCCCAUAUUGCACGAUACGGCCAUCACAUUGCAGCUUUCUGUGGGAUAUAACGAUGGGAACGGGAAUGGUGAAGAGCGAAAGCUUGAUACCUUUUCAAUUGAAGGCAGCAUGGUUGAAACCCUGAAGGUAUCCCUUAAUCGUAAACGAUAUGAGCUCCUCAAUGAGUCCAUUCAAUAUGCGACGAAUUUUUCAAAUGGCAAAGCAAAUGAAUCUGCACACCCCGAUCCAAGUGGAGUAAGCAUACCAGAUUCGGAGGUAGCAGACGAGCACACCAUUAGCACUAUUAUACAGUUUUCGGUGCCGGUUUUCCAAAUCAAUUUACAAAACCAACACCAUGAUGACCUGAUAAAUAUUACCUUCAAGGACUUCAAUGUUAAACAUCGUGUUAAAGGCUAUGACAAGGAUAUCGAAAUAAUAUUAAAGUCCGUGCUGAUGGAAGAUCUAAAAUCGGAUAGCGCAUCGCCAUUCAGAAAUAUGGUGACAUCCGUAAACCACGAAAAAGCCAUCAAAAAGAAAGCAUCGACGUCAUCAUCGUGCCCGGACAUACCCACACACUGUAACUAUCGGAAGAACAGAUCCACCUCGGUGCCCUCAUGCUUCCACGAUAAUAAUCCAUUUCAAAAUCUUGACGGAGCCAAGAAGUCGGAGUUUUUGAAGAAAAACGAUAAGGGAAACAAGAAGGGAGGCCAAACUUUAGUCACCUACAAUUCGCAUAGAGGGCGCCCCGCGAAAGGCUCCACCGAGAUGGAUCAAUUCAGUUCAAUUCAAUUUAAUUGCUUAAAUUUGGCCAUCUGCGUGGAGCGUUGGUACACCAUAUUCGACUUCUUCGGUCUGAUAUCCGCCGAGAGCGAUAAUCAAAAAGUAACACAGGAAAGGAAGCUGGUUAAAAUAGAUACAGACGAUUUCUUUAGUACGCUGAAUGUGUCAAUAAGAUCAUUUAACUUUACGUUGAUUCGAAAUGACUCGUUAUUGUCCAGAGUGAAUGUGUCAAACGCGCUAUUUAAAAUAGUUAAUGACCAAUUUGGUAAAUCCGUUGAGGGCCACUUGGGCUCCCUGUCGGUGUUUGACCUUACCCAUUAUGGCAACAUUUACAAGCAAAAGUUUGUCACCAGCGGAACAGAAGCAUUGAACUUCUUUUAUAGGAAAAAGCCAAGCCAAGUACUAAACACGUUAGACGUGGAUUCGACAUUGAAGAUUGGCAUGUCGGCAGUACACUAUAUCCACACAAAGCGAUUUGCCACAGAGCUACAUUUAUUUGUUAAGGAUCUGCUGCAAUUGCAAACGCCUGUGAUCCGAAAACUAAAGAAACAAAAUGUGGAAAACGACGAAAGUCUGAGGCCAACAAAAAUGAAACUUUUUAUACAGGCGGACUCGCCAGUUAUCGUGCUGCCGGCAUCGUAUAACAACAAACAAGUAAUAAUCGCCAAUCUUGGGCAGCUUACGCUUACGAAUAGCUUCCAUUUGGCCAGCGAGCCAUGUAUCAUAAGCAAGAAGUUGAACUCAGCGAAGACAAACGAAGUCUUGGACGUGAUUCGCAUCGAUUUGGUCAACAUCAAUUUGUUCUCGGGCGAAAGAAGUUCCGUGAAAUCAGUGGAUCGAAUUAUCAUCGCCAAUAUGAAGUUUGUACGGUUGGGGGAAGAGUUCUUUAAGGAAUCCUGCUACCUUAAUCUGCAGCUGGAGAGGAAUCUGUCAACAGAGAGGAUUCGCGUGUGCCCCGAUAUCAGUACGAAGGGAACCUUCUCCAAAGUAAAUGGCGUGAUCAACAUUGAGCAAUACAAGUUGAUACGCAGCUUUCUGAAUAACAAUAUUGGAGAACAAAUUGACGAUGUGUAUAUUAAGUACACCAACAAUGUGUCCAGCUCCAUUGAAAUGCUAUCCUCGAUUAGUCUGGUGUCCAAGAGCGAAGUAUCGCAGACCAUUUUGAACUUGAUUUCAAUACAAAUUCUACUCGAAGACGUCUCUAUAUUGCUGACUCUGAACACGACACAAAAUACGCCCAUAGAGCCAUUGGCCUGCAUUCACUUCAUCAAGUCGACCCUGGAAAUUGAUUUAUUCAGCGAUGGUUCGCAAGAUAUUGAUCUGAUAUCGACCAACAUACUGAUCGUGGACGAACGAAAUGGCUCGGGUAUAGGCACUGAGAAUGUGUUUAGGAAUAUAUUGCAGCCCUCGAAGAAGGACACGGCUAGUACGACGCCUAGAAAUGCCGUUCAAGUGGAAAUCCACUGCAGAAAGAAUGCACAUCUGUCAAAGUAUACCAUAAUGUUGAACAAUAUGAGAGUGUUCGCCCUUAUGGAUAUUCUGGAACAGCUCAAAGCAUACUUGAUGGAGGAUUCGCCCACAGCAGAUACUGGUGUGGCAAAUCAAAUACUGCAAAAGCCGCUGCCCCAGCCGAUUUCUGUCACAGAAUUCAUUGUGAAUAUCACAGACUCUGAGAUUAUAUUUACGGAGGACUGCAGUCGCCUGGACUCGGACGCAAUCAUUUUGAAAAGUACCACAGUGAUUUCAUACAAGCCCAGCAGUGUCUCCGUUCCGAUAUCUUUGAAUAUCAAUCACUUGGAAAUCUUUUCCUGCACACUGGAUGCCGAAGACGACAGUGCUCUGUCCAUCAUUGAUCCGUUCACAUUAAACAUGGAACUGCGCAGCAAUUGCUUGAGCAUCCUCGUGCAGAAACCCUUGAAUAUUCGACUAUCCUAUGUGGACGUUAAACUGUUCUCCAGAAUGGCAAGACUCCUGCCCACGCAAACAUCCAGAGUACAGAAGGUCGUAUCCAAAGACGAGUCCGAUCUGGAGAGAGUGGCGCCCCUUGUGGCCAUGGGAUUUCCGAUCAAUGAUUGCCUGUACGCCAUGCAAAUAAACAAUUGGAGAAUCAACGAUGCCGCCCUAUGGCUGUCCCAACAGAAGCAAAAUGCCAACCGAAACCCUGCGCUGGAACUGAAGGAGCUGGUGGUCGAUGCGAAUGUUAUAUCGGUCUUCAUAAUUGACGAUUGCAUGGAUGCGGAUGUGCCACUGCUGGAGAUAUCACUCUCCAAGGUUUUCUUCAAACUGACCUUGAAAGCAAAGGAACAUCAGUCCCAAAUGCAAUACUAUAGCUUGGCCAAUGUCGACACCGAAGUGGCCCUCAACUAUUAUAAUCGUCGCCUCAGCGGCUGGGAGCCGGUGGCCGAAACAUGGGAGUGCAAUGCCAAGUGUAAAUACAGCAAAGGUCACGUGGAGAACAGGAAACGAUUCGAGAUUGGGAUCUCCAGCAAGCAGUUGCUUAAGCUGAAUAUUACAUCGACCUUUAUAGAGCUUUUCCACAUGGUGCUGAAGAACUGGACGAACGAUUUCAAUGACAAUGGGGCCAAGAACUUCCGGCAACGCUCGCCGUUUAUUCCGUUUGCCUUGCAAAAUCUAACCGGCACGCCGCUGCUGUUCAAGCCCAUUUACGCACCACUUGGGGACAUGUCCUGCUCGGAUGUGCACCAGUUGGAGAUCAUUAAGAACUGGCACUCUGUGCCGCCCAACGAGACGAAAACUUUCGAUUUCAUUCAAAAGAGUAAGCUGCGGCACAUACACUCCCAUCAGCUGAAUUUGCACCAGAUAUUCGUGCAGAUCCAUGGCUGGACAUUGAUUGGACCCCUGUCAGUGGACAAAGUCGGUGUAUUCUUUCGGACAACCAGCUUUGAUUCCCUGGACUUGGCCACAAAAUGUCGCAUAAUUUUCGAUAUCUCCCUGAUUGGAUCUGCACAGAAACUGAUCAAAGUGAAAUCAUCGUUGGGGCUGAUAAACAAGCUGGAUCGAAGUGUUUUUCUGAAGACCUCGCUGAGGAGUGACUACGGCGAUGGCCUCUCCGCUAUAAGUGUAAUCAAGCCCAACGAUGAGCUGUCUCUGCCGCUUAAAUUCAUCGAUGCUUCUAUGUACAUUGCGCAUUGUUCCAGUGAGAAUCAAGUGCUGUCUGGAAAUUAUACCGACGACAUUGGCUUCAGCAAUAAAGAAAUUUUGUGGAAACUUUGCGGCAACGACAACAUGCAGGAGCUGCAAGUGUGCUAUGACAAAAAUCGGAGCAUAUUAUAUACCCUAAUCAGUAUAAACAGGGAGAUCUUUCACUGCAAGGAGGCUGGCUUGCCGGGCCACAAAAUCACUCUGUUGCCCCCUUUGAAAAUCAAUAAUAUGCUCUGCUGCGAUCUAAUGUUUAAGAUACACGAAAGCGCCACAGGGAGGAUCAGUGCAUCGGAGAGUACGAAUAUCUACAAUGUGAAUAUAUACGAGCCCUUCAACCUGAGCAUCACACUCGACAAUUUCCAGCUGUCGGGACACGUGAAAGUUCCCAGCAGGCACAUCGGCAUUGUGGAACCGAAAUUAAAGCUGAUCGACAUCAAAAAGCGGGAGCUCCACUUGCGCAUAUCCAUUCAAUGUUUUCAAGGCAAGGGCAUGGAGGUGUACAUAAGUGCGCCGGUUUGGAUCAUUAACAAGACUGGGCUGCCUCUGAUUUACAAGCAGGAGGGCACCAACAACACGGCGGCCGGACAAUUCGAUGAGCAUGAGACAGCCCGACAAGUGGCGCCUCUAAUGUUUUCGUUUUCGGAUCAAGAGGGAUCGCCUGCACUGGAAGUGCGCUUGGGCUGCGCCUUUGGCAACAACAAUUUGUGGUGCAAGAGCUUUAGCAUGCACAAGGACCUCAGUCACAGGGAAUUGCGUGCCGAAAAUACCAAGGGGAGCUAUGCGAUUGGCAUAAGCGUACGACGUGGCAGAGGACUGUAUGCCUGCACGACUUUCGUGACACUAUCACCCAGAUUCCAUCUACACAACAGAAGUGGAUACAAACUGGAAUUUAUACAACGCUGCGAUAUCGAUCAGCCCAGUGCAAGGAAUAUUAUUUCAGCGCCCAUCGAUUGCAAUUUCGCCUUUCAUUGGCCAAACUGGGAUCAGGAGCAGUAUAUUUGUGUGCGCAUACCGGAUGUAGAGUGCUGCUGCUGGUCGAAAGGUAUACCCAUCAAUGAGGUGCAAAGUCUGUACAUAAAUGUGCGCAAUGAUUGGAGUGAGAUGUUUUUCCUGCGCCUGGAAGUCAUUUCCAAAGAUGCCACUUAUAUUCUAUUGUUCACGGACGCUCGAACAUUGCCGCCGCCGAUACGCAUUGAUAAUUGCUCGGAAGUUGCCAUUAAUUUCUCACAAAUGGGCACCAGACCAUCUUGGAUAACGCCAGUUCGGGCCCAAUCCUCGCUGGCCUAUGUACUGGACGAUCCCUCGGGCACACACACGUUGCUGGUGGAAGCGCCUGGCGGGAAUAUGGUAGAGUUUCCCAUUAACAAGACGAACAUCAAAAGAUCCCUGACGUACUCAAACUUUAUAUACAUCGCCUUUCACGACACAUUCGACCGAUCAAGCGAGCACGAGAGAAAACCCGAUCAGAUCUAUCAGCAACUGGUCCUGGGUGUUCGGGGGAAGAAGGUUAUCAUAAUGGAGAAGAAUUCCGGUGAUCGUUCGCAGCUGUGGCUCAUGAACUCCAACGGUCAAUUGGAGCACGAAGGAUCCACGCCGCCAAUACAGUCCAACGAGGCGCAUGCUGUACGGCUUGUGCUAGAUCUGGAGAGGCCGCCCAAUCCCACAGAGUUUACCACUUUGGUGGUUCGAACACCGAAUAAGCAGCGCGUCACCACCCAGACAUGGAGAUUCGAGAGUGGUCGAUUAAUGUGCCAUGCCAACAUGUGCGUGCAGUCACGCUGCCAAGGUGCCCAGGGUCUGCAGCCCAACUCUGAAGCGGUCCUGGGUCGCAUUGAAAAUACUAGUUUGAAAAGAAACAACCAAACCAUUCCAAUCGGACAACAUAUUGUGGCACAGAAGCUAAGACCGGGAUCGGGUCAAUUGGAGCUGUCAAUGAAGAUGGAUGGUCCCAUAUGCACCAUCGAGAUAGGCGAUAUAAAAACCAAGCAAAAUUCUGUGUAUUUAGCACCGGAUUUAAUAUGGAUGCAUGCCUCUCUGAACAACAGACAAAUGGCCAAUGAAGCGAAUGUAUCAUCUCAGCAUGAGUAUCUGAUAAAGGUUGAGCUGCUCAAAGGCAUUGGUAUUUCGAUAAUAUCGCGAAAACCCUGUGAGGAGAUUAUGUUCAUCAGCCUGGAGCUCAUACAUUGUGACAUUGUGCAGAGUGUCUUUGAGAAUUCAUUGGACUUGAACAUUUCGUAUAUACAAAUCGACAAUCAGCUGCUGGAUGCGGCCACCCAAGUGGCUCUGCACACGUAUAAUCCCACUAAACAGGAUCAGCAAAAUAGCGCUGUGAUGCUGAAACUGAAAAUUUUACCCUGCCCCAAUAAGAACGCCAUCAUCUUCAAGUAUCUCACGCUGGACUUGAAGCCGUCGAUAGCGAAUCUUGAGGAGAAGCUCAUACUGAAGGUUGCCUCAUUUCUCGGCUACGGAAAAGGCAACAGGCAAAGCUUAAGCGUUGCCUACGACUUCGAGAACUUUGAGGAGAAACUGAUACUCAAAAAUAUGAAAAGAUACUACUUUGAAAACUUAAAUAUUGGCUCAACUCAGGUGCGACUAUCGGCGAGUACUUCCUCCAAGCUGCCCAUCGAACUAUCAGAAACCAAAAAGGUAUUGGGACUUACGCUCAUCAAGUUCGAAGAUGCCCUCAUAGAGCUCGACAGCUAUUCGGAUAAAUUUCACUUUGAGACAUUGAAUGUGUACCUGAAGGGCAUGAAAAGGCACUACAUAAACCAACUCAAGUGGCACGCAGCUUCGAUAUUGGGUAGUGUGGAUUUUCUGGGAAACCCCAUGGGAUUCGCCAACGAUCUCUCCGAAGGUGUCUCUGGAUUAAUUUUCGAAGGCUCCGUCACGAGUCUAGUCAAGAAUGUGGCCCAUGGCCUAUCCAAUUCCACGGCAAAGCUCACAGAAACAUUAUCUGAUAGUCUGGGCAAAGUGGUACUCGAUGAGCAUGACAAUGAGACCCGAUUACGAAUCCUGGAACCACAGACAAACACUUCUGGCGGCCACCUGGCCGCAGGUUUGAAGGGAUUCGGAUUUGGUUUACUUGGAGGAGUCACCAGUAUUGUUCGACACACCUACGAUGGUGCGCAAUCGGAUGGCGUUCCUGGCUUUCUCAGUGGCCUUGGCAAAGGCUUGGUGGGCACCGUCACAAAGCCAAUUAUCGGAGUGCUUGACCUGGCCUCAGAAACAGCGAGUGCUGUGCGGGAAACCAGCCGGGGUACGGCUCGAAUUUCUACGGAAAGAAAACGGCUACCCAGAUGCGUGACUGGGGCCACUGGCGGACUUCUGCCCUUGUAUUCGACUCGUCAGAGUAAGGGACAGCAGUAUCUGUACCUUAUCAAUCGUCGCAACUUCGAUGAGAAAAUAAUAUCGUAUGAAGCGUGUCUAUGGAGCGAUAAAGAGGCGAGAUUGCGUUUGCUGGUUUCAACAGAAUUCGUUCGCAUAUUCUCACUUAGUGACGGUAAUCCAACCAUUAUGGUGCAGAACCAUCUGAGUGAAAUACUCUCAUGCCAUCCCGUGAUUACCCCAUCGACAAGCAGGCAAUCUGGGGGGUCCAGCCAUUACAUUGAAAUAUCCACCAAUCUUCCAAAGAUAACGAGGCCAAGGAUACGAUGUCGAUCGGAGGAGUGUGCUGAAGCUGCAUCCAGAUGCAUAAACUACGCAAAAAGUGUGUUUCAUGAACAUGAACAUGCCGUUUUAUAAAAAGCAAUAAGCCUUUUCGUGAUAAUACAAAUUAGAGCUAAAGAGUGUAUAUAAUAUAUUUAUGGUUGCAGCAAUCAUUUUUUUAAUUUAAAUUUAAAUUUAUUGUUAUAAUUUUGUAAUCUAAUCGGUUUACUUGAUAAUUGGAAAAGUACAAUGUGAUAGAAGAGCUAAGUUAAACAGAUCCUUAGUUGUUUAAAUAAAUGAGAAAAUAUCAAUAAAAACAGUGAACUUUAAAAGUGAUCCAAGUUUCGCAAACAAACAAAUAAAAGAUCGGAAGAGAUACGCAGUUACUUCUUUUCGGGUAAUUUAAAUUUACAAUUUAAUACGAAACUCUCUUUGGCUGUUUUUACAUCUCUUUUGAUCUCAUUCUGAUAAGAAUAGCUCUAUCUAAAUCCGACCAUUGGGUAUACUAAAUAAUUUAAUGAAUAAAAAUAAGGAACUGCAUCAACCAAACCCAGAUCCUAGG